GAGUUUACAUUCAGGGCACGGAGCAAAAACACGCACUAAUACACACUCCAAACAGCCGAACACACACGCAUUACAGGGGAACAGGAUAAUGGCGUCUGCGAGUGUGGUGGGGCAGCACCCGGGUCCGCACAGGCUGGACUCGGAGCCGCAGCUCAUGCUCUUCAAACUGGCCGGCGGCAGGAAGAGAAUCACCCUGCCGAGGAAAUCAUCCUGGGAGAAGAUGAUGUUCAGGAGAAGCUCGGGGAGCAGCGGGGAGUCUGGGUCAAUAACUACAGAAGCCGACUCGGGAACUCAUCCCUUGUCUCCGGAACCAGCGGGAGAAAAGGCGGCGAGAGGAGGAAUGAUGCCCGGUGAAAGAUGCGGGGCUCCGGCCGCCCCUGCUGCGCCACGUAGCCCGGACCGGGACAGACAAGAGGGCAGCACGGACUGCGAUAGGCGCACCGCAGCCGGGACUCGAGGAGGUGAAACUGGGCACAUCACCAGUGACUGCAACAGCAACGACGACUGUGACUCAAACCGUAACACAGGUGGUCGAAGGGGGACUUCGCUCAAGAGGUCGGGCAUCAAUGUCAUGCCAAGCGGAUCGGUUACGAGUGAACACAAAGGAGCGCACCGGCACCGGGACGCGCCACGCGGGAGACGAGACACCUGGAGCGGAGACAGCCGACAUCAGAGCAUCUCCUCCUCCGCGCCAAUACAAGGAGACAGCAGCGGUCUCCCGCUGGAGCGGCUCACGCAGGGCAGGACUGGAGUCGUCAGGCUGGCACGCACCGAGCCUCCCCGCAGGGAGGCCUGGUCCAUCUUUCCCCGGGGGAUGGACCCCCGGGUGAGGGCGGAGAAGGGCGAAGGACACAGGUUCGAGGCCAGGCCCGUUACGCAGGACUGGUGUGACGCCUGUAGCCGCCAGAUCACUGCACAGGCACUCAAGUGUCAAAACUGCAACUACACCUGCCACCUGGAGUGUGAGAGGGAGGUCCAGCUGGACUGCAACCAGAGGGACAGAGAGCCUGAAGAAACUCCAUCUCCCAGAAGCCACUGCUCCUCCACAGCCCCUCAACACAAGCAGAAUGAAGCAAAGGAGGAAGACGAGAGAAGAACAAAGGACCUGUCAGAGGAAGACGUGCGGACAAGGAUAGAAGAGUAUAAUGCUCAAGUCUCUGAAAAUGGCAUGAAACUGGCCUCAGACGGAGCCUACACAGGCUUCAUUAAGGUCCACCUGAGGCUCAGUCGACCAGUCACAGUAGAGGAGGGGGCGGGCUCAGAGGGAGCAUCCAGGCAGAUGGGAAGCUGCAGUCAAGCCCCGUCAGAGAGCCAGGAAGCGACGGACUGUGGGCAGAGUGAAAAGAGAACAUCCUUCUACCUACCAUGCGACUGUGUGAAGCAGCUCCACAUCAGCUCUCUGACCACCACCAGAGAGGUCAUCCAGGGCUUGCUGAAGAAGUUCAUGGUGCUGGACAAUCCCCGCAAGUUUGCACUGUACAGGCAGACACACCGCGACGGACAGGAUCUGUUCCAGAAGCUUCCUCUGUGUGAGCAUCCUCUUCUUCUGAGGUUGAUAGCAGGGCCUGACCCAGAGCAGCUCAGCUUUGUCCUAAAGGAAAAUGAGACUGGAGAGGUGGAGUGGCAUGCAUUCUCUGUCCCUGAGCUACAAAACUUCCUGGUAAUCCUGGAGAAAGAGGAGUCGGAGCGUGUGCGGGCAGUGGAGCAAAAAUACGCUGUGUACCGACAGAAACUACAGCGGGCCCUACAACAACAUGGCCCCUGACCCCUCACCUGUUACCUUAUGACCUUGCGCAGGGAGAGACUCACCCUUUGACCUCUCGAGACCCCGGAAGCUAUUCAGAGACUGGAGCCGGAGCUGAACUUGUCUGCACCCUCCACAUAUAUACCCAAACAUACAGUACAUCCACACACAGAUGCAUACCCUUUCUCAGGACGCAUACAAGCCCCCCCACCAUCCAUACAUCCACUCCCCGAGGAGAGAAUCAGGGGUUGAAAGCGACGUGAAAGGCUACAGGGUGUGUGGUCUGCUAGUCGAUUGCACGAGUAGUGUUUUCAUUGCCAAGGACUCACACACACACACACACACACACACACAUAUGCACACACACACAGAGAAAGAUGACAGCAAGAUCUGAAACUCCAACUUGAAAUCUCAUUUGAGACUGAUAUUAACCAAUGGCGUUUUUAAAGAUUCCUUCUUCUUCUGCUACUGCUGCUGCUGCUACUGCAAGUGUUACUUAUGCAUGAGUCUCUCUCAGCUCAUCCCCCUGCACAUAGAGCUAGAAGUAAAACAGAAGGCAUGAUUACUUUUUUCAGCAUCACUUCUGGAUGGAGGGACAAUCAUACUGAGUGUUCUUUUUUUCUUCUUCUUGGAAUUGAUGUGUGAGGUUAUCACCAGAUGUGUUAUUUUUCUGCUGGAAUAUAGGAUGUGUGGAUUUGUGAGGGAGGUGUUCAGGGGUCAGGGUUAGAGGCAGAGGGCUGCGUUUUGCUUUGGAUGCUAGAACCAGAAGAAAUGGAAGGAUAAGAUAGCGAGAUCCAUGCUCUGAUUUUUUUCUCAGGGAGCACGCGUUGAGCAGAGAAAACCUAAAGGAGUAAAGGAAGCGAAUCCCACCCUUACACCACCGCAUUUGAGCCCACUUUCUCCAAAAUCUCAGUCAUUUUAAUUUGUUACAAUCAUUCCGUUUUCCUCCUUUAACGGCAUGCGAGAAGAUGCUGUCAGGUGUUUCACUGACAGGAAGUUCAAUCAGAACUAGUGACCAGUCAUCUCACACACAGACCUAACCUCUUCUCAGAUGUUGACUGUGAUUUCAUUUUCCUGAUCCAGCCAACGUUGCAUGAACUGUACCUGCAGAUGAAGCCAGUCAAUCCGCAUACCUUUACAGAUUUUACACUUUAUUGUGAAAGUGAUCUGAGGCUGUUCUUGUAUAUUGGUUGCAUUUGAAUGCGAGAGGAUUUUUACACCAAAGCUUAGAGGGACAGAUCUAUUGAGAGGAUUUCAAAGGGAUUCGGAAGUUUAACUAACGAAAGCAGCUUCUGUUUUUGCACAUAUAGAUGCAGGUCACUGAACGCCUCUUUUACUGUAUCUCCCCACCUUCCACCCCCAGAAAACAAAAAAUAUAUUAAAUUCAUGAUAAUGGCUAUGAUGUACCAAUGAUGUGUUUGCAAUGCAUAUGUAUUAUGUAGACACUGGAAAAAGGUUUAACUUUGUUGUUAUUACGAUGAAUAUUAAUAUUCUUUUGGUAUCAUUCCUACUGGUUGGGAUGUGUGUGUGUGUGUGUAUGUGUGUGUGUGAACGAUGUGAAUAGUGUUUUAAAAUGAGUGUGUCAUCAGCGCUCCCUCAUUUGGCCUCACUUAUCCAGUAAUAAAACAUGCAUUGAGUGCACAUGUAAUAUAAUACAUGACAACUACAAAUUAGGUUGUUUUGGAAAAGAUAUUUGGCAUGCAUGUAUCAUAAAACUAAUGCAUUUAACCAAAGCUGUAGACAUUUUCCACACACCCAUCUUUCAUUUAAUAUGAUAGAUAUACUGAUAAGUGAGGACCAUUGUCCAUAAGCACAUGCUUCUCAGUAAACCCAGACCUGUUUUGUUUUUUUCAACGCCGCCACCCAAAGCCCAAGCUGUUCCUGCUGGCAGUGCCUUUUGUUUCAUGUGCCCCUGUGUAUAUAUGGAAGGUGUGUUUCAGCACACAGGUGCCUGAGUGUAUGGAUGGGUGCUUUUGCAUGUGUGCAAAUCUGUGUUUCUUAGGUGGUGUUAUCCCCCCCUCCCAACACAUUUGUCUCUCCAACAAACCCCCUGCGUGUCUGAGGGUGUGUGUGUGUGUGUGUGUGUGUGCGGUGCGUGUUAUUUAUUUCAUGGUCCGCCUCAUCCAUAUGAUAUUAUGUCAAGGAUGUUGAGACUUGAUGCUUUUUUUUUUGCAAUUUAUUUUGUUUAAUUAUGUAUAAAUAUAGCAGUAG